AUGGCCUUUACAUUUACAAAGACGUAUUUCCUCUGUCCCACGUCCAACUUCAUCCGUCCACCACCGGCCGGCCCGCUAAGUCUUGGCUCUAUCAUCCGAUCCACGUCAACGCCUCAAUAUCCUCUCAACAGAGGGAGCAUAGUUGCUGUGUCCGACGCAGAUCCGCCCGUCGUGGAAAACGAUUGGAAAAAGACCGUUUCCACCCAGAAGGGCAUCGGUCUGGGCGUCUACGCACAGUUCCUUCAAGUGGCUAUCGGCGGAGCGCCCCUUGGAAAUGAGGUGAACUUUGAGCACACCAGCAAAACGGCAAACACGUUCGCAUUCGACAAAGUGACGACUUACGCAUUCGAGCCAACCCAAGAAUAUGUCCAAGAAGCCAUUCAGGCACCCGCCGUGCAGGCAUGGCUGAGGGAGCCCAGGCAGAGGUUCGCCCCUGUCUGCUCGCUCUAUCUCGUCACGGGCUUGAAGCUCGUCAAGGGCGCGAGAAUCAAGUACUCGACUUCGCACAGCGACGGCUUCACCGGUAAUAUUGGCAUCGAUGCGUCCUCGUUAGGCACAAAUAUGGGCCCAAAGGGUCACUGGAGCAGCUCGAGUGACGAUGAGACAGAGACGAUUCGCGCGGACGAAUUCGUGUUUGCAUUCCGUGUCAAAAGGCUUAGGUUCGGGCGGAAACUGAAGCUCAAGGACUACAACAAGGGCGCCUUUAUGGCCAUUGGCGGAGAGUCAGAUGACGGACUGUCUGUGAUUGUUGAGGAUGUGGAUGGUUCUGAGAUCGAGACUGCAGAGGCGGUUCCCGACCUGACGGAGCAGGGCAGGGUCUAUUGCGUUCCUGCAUAA